AUGCCGAUUGGACAGCAAGCCGGUCUAGCGCGCACCCUAGGGUCCCUCGAUAUAGACGUCUGCUGUUUUUCGGAAACCAGAUUGCAAGACCCCACCACUGUACUUACAUUAUUAUCCCCCACUGAUCACGAAGACAGAUAUCACCAGCGUCUUUCUGGAGAUCCAGAAGCAGCCUCAGCGUGUUUGGCUGAUGUAGGUAUAGCACUAAGUGGCAAGGCCGAGGCGGCACUACUGGACUCGUUCCCGAGUAACAGCCGACUAUGCGAAGUUCGGCUUCGGGGUUCAUGUAGAAUCAACAGGAGUCGCGAAGAGAGACGCAGCUUGUUUGUGGUAUCCGCGUACUCUCCAACCGACUGCAGCAGUGGCUCGGUCAAGGACGACUUCUAUCGGGAGCUACAUCAACUCCUGACUGCUACUAAAAAGUCGGAUGUCAUUGUCCUCCUCCUCGAACAUCGCUACAUUUAUUACAGGCCCACUAUCGCUGCAAUUUUAGACAUAUGUACUGUAUUUGACUCCGUUAUUCGACCUGCUAUUUCGCGUUGCUUGCUAAAGACCGGGCUGCCAGAGAAGUAUACCGCCAUCUUAAGAGCACUUUACCUUCAUACAUCCGGCAGAGUGAGGAUCUAUGGCAAGCUUUCCUCGCAUUUCGUUGUCAAUAUCGGUGUGCGUCAGGGCGGCCCUAUGUCCCCAUUCCUAUCCAACUUCGCAAUCGAUGCUGUUCUGUCAAGUGCUCUAGACCUUUUUAACAUUUUGGCCCAGAGCUUCUACCGAGUGAGC